AUGACCGCCGAAGAUCGCAUUUUCCUCAAGCAGCUCGAGGACCUCCGCGUCGAUCAGCUACGCAGUCACACGCUUGGAGAUGCCAGAGAGGUAGUCGCACGCGCUGAAGCGUUGGGUCCGCGGCGUGAGUUGGAGCACGUGGAGCGCGACCGCCAAGCUGCCCUCCGAUUGGAGGAUAAACCACGGAGGCAGAAGGAAGAGGAGGAGCUGCGCCGUUUGGAGGAGGAACGUCAGCGGCAAGAGGAGGAGAAGCGUAGACAAGAGGAAGCCAGGCGCAGACAAGAAGAAGCUAGGCGUCGUGCAGAGGAACUGGCGCGUCUUCGUGAGCAGCGCGAGCGCGAGCUCCAGGCCAAACGAGAGGCUUUCCGUAAAGCCCAGGAGGAAGCUGAACGUCGCGCCCGUGAGCAAGCAGAGCAGCGCCUUCGCGAAGAAGCUCGACGGCAAGAGAGGCAGCGCCAAGAAGAACUUCUUCGCAACAAAGCUCAAGCGGAUCUCGUCGCUUUUUUCCAGCUCUACGACGCAAAGUGGCAAGAGCUCAAGCUGAGUCAGAAGUUGACUUCAGUCAUGCUCUUCGAGAUGCCGUGGCCCACCUUUCAGCAAGGCUGCGCAUCCCCCGAUGAUAUCUCCCGCCGCAACGUGGAGGAAUUCAUCUUCCACCCCCUCCGCCCAGGGAUGGAGACCAAGUCGCGCAAAGACCGACUGAAGGUAGAAAUACUUAGAUUCCACCCCGACAAGUUUAACUCGAGCAUCGUGCGCAAGUUGCGGGAGUGCGAUAGGGAAAAGGCGAGCGAAAUCGCGGGAGCACUGGCUAGAAUACUGACGAACAUGAUGACUGAGGAGGUUCAGAAAGAGAAGGAUCAAUAG